UACUGGGGGGUGAUUCACUAAGGCAAAACAUCUUUACAACCAAGAAAUCAUCGUUGAAACAUCAGAUGAAAGCUCGGCGGUAUUCAUUAGUUAAAAUUGCGCGAUCGCAGCGCUUCAACGAUGUUGACGGCGCGUCAUAGAACUAACAUUUGGUGCCAAAUGUAUGGAAUACGGUAUUCAGCAACACGAAACAUCCUCGCCUGCAACGACAACCUCGCCUUCGCCUUCGAUUUUAUCUGUCAAACCUAAAAGCUUGUAAAUUGUGGAUGUUCUCUUGGUUGUAGGCGAUAAAAAUAUGGCAGUUCGUGUUUCUUGUAUGAUGUUUUUGUUGGAAGAAGCCAAGCAUCGAGACGAUUUAAAAAAAAGACGCCAAGCCUCUGCAAUACGCAAUAUGGAUUUGUUAACAACUGAUAGAAACUAUAUUAAGGUAUACAGGUUGACUGAAGAACUCAUUGCACAAUUAGAACAAGAAAUUUCCCCAUUUUUAACAAAGGCAAAACGUCGAGGAGGAAUUAGCAACCGAACUAAGAUUUUAUACACGCUUGAAUUUCUUGCUAGUGGGAGUUACCAAAAAGUGAUAUGCGAGAAUACCAAGACAUACAUCUCGCAAGCAUCUGCCUCGAGGGCUAUAAGACACGUUAUAGAUGCCAUCAACCAUCCAGAUAUGGUUAACAAAUACAUAAGAUUCCCUCAAAAUACAAAUGAAAGGCAAGCUCUCAAAGAGAAAUUUUACGAAAAGUUCAAAAUGCCUGGAACCAUUGGUUGUAUUGAUGGAACCUUGGUAUCAAUGGUUCGGCCCAAAGAACAUGAGGAAAGGUAUUAUUGUAGAAAGGGAUAUCAUGCUCGAAAUGCUGUUAUUAUAAAUGAUCCAGAUUUAAAUAUAAUGCAUGUGGAUGUAACAUUUGGAGGUGCAACACAUGACAGCUUUGUGUUUAACAACUCUGUCAUAAAAACGCAUUUGGAGCAGCUCAAUAGUGCAGGAGAGACAGUGUAUUUGCUUGGGGACUCUGGGUUCGCUCUAAGGCCAUACAUGAUGGUUCCCUGUAGCAACCCUGAGCCUGGAUCAAGGGAAGAACUUUACAACAACCUGCAUGCCACUGCGAGAAAUACAGCAGAACGAACCAUAGGCAUACUUAAAGGCCGUUUUAGGUGCUUAUUGGUUCAUCGUGUUCUUCACUAUGAUCCAGAGAUGGUGGGAAAAAUUAUUAAAGCCUGUUGUGUAUUACAUAACAUAUGUAAUCGAGCUGGUGUUCCUCCAGUAGAAUUACCAGCUCAUUUACAUAGACAAGAAGUGACAUUGACACGGACAAUACAACGAGGAAACCAGAACUCUCUCAGUGAUUUAGAUAGUGGACGUGUGGCUAGAGGUAGUUUAAUUAAUAGACUGUGGCGGGGACAAAAUAAUUAAUAAGUGAUACUAACAAUAGAUUUAAAACAUUACUAAUUUGUGUAUAACAUACUUUAAUUCGAUUUAAGCUGUAAGCCAGUGUUAAAAAUAUACUUCAUGUCAUUAUUAUUAUUGUUUUUUUUUUGCUUUAUAUAACUUGGUUUGUUAAAUUUAUUAACUUCGUAAAAUUAGUUUGUAUAAUAAUUUUCUCAUAGAAUUCCUAGUCCAACUUGCAUUGUAUACCUUUCCCAGAGUCAACCCUUAAAAUGUUGUAAGCACUUCUUUUUCUUAUGUAUCAAUACAUACCAAAGGUAAUACCUAUCAAUUAUGUUUUAAAAAGAGUAACCAUGGAGUUUCUUGCCCGUUCUUCUCUAUAGGAAGCUACUUUUGGAAUGGGCAACUAGAAUCAACCUUAUUUAUAAUUUUUGACAGUGCUUGUAAAGGCCUAAAUUAAAUAAAUGAUUUGAUCUGUAUUAAACUUCUACGGUCUUACCACAAAAACUUUUAAACGUUAGUUUAAGACUUGUUUAAAAAAAAUCAGAUUAUGUUGUUGACAUAUGGUUCAUUUUGCAGCCACAAUUUUUUUAGACAAGUGUAAAACAGACGUUUCAGUUUUUGUAGUAAGGCCAUUAAUCUUGAUGUACCUAAACAAAAUAGUAUACACCUAGGAAAAGUCAUUGUAUUAUAAUCAUUAUGUAAUUAAUAAAUAAAACAAUAUUUUAGCUAAACAUUUAUUAAGAUUAUUAAAAUAUAUUAAAAUUAGAAUUUUCAAAA